UUGAGGGUGACAUCUCUGUUUCAAGUGAGUCCUGCUUUGUAUCUGGGAUCCACCCUUAAUGUUCUCUUAAUUUAACUUAAUUGAUGCGUUUAUGUCAUUGGUCACGAGGCUAUGAAUUCACCUCACUAUCAGGCACAGUAACAACCUAUUUCUCCUCUCGCUCAGAUCUGUCCAUUCCGAUCGUCAGGAUGUCCGGUAUGGACCUCUCAUUGGAGGAGCUGAACAGAACCGAAAUCUCCCCAGACAACGGAAACUUCCCGAGGUUCUCCCCCACCUCCGUUUCCACUGCAGCCGCCGCGGCGGGGACAGGGUUGUCGUCGGGGCGACAGGAGAAUGUUUACGUGUACGUGUGGAUCUUCCUGAGUCUGCUGGUGUUCCUGCUGUCAAUGAUCAUCAUCUCCCUCCACAGGCUAAAGAAUAUCAUUACAUCCUCCUCCUCUGUACCUGACUGCAGCAGUGAGGGGGGCAGCUCAUUCACCAACAUGGAGAUCUGUAGUAUAUCUUCACAGAGGUCAACCGUGUCCUCACUGUCAAUUUGAGAGAGAGACACACACACACACACACACACACACACACACACACACACACACACACACACACACACACACACACACACACACACACACACACACACACACACACACACACACACACACACACACACACACACACACACACACACACUCCUGUAAACAAGCUUUUCAGUUGGACCAUAUGGGACUUUACUCUGAUGUGUUAAGGCGGUAGCUUGAACUGAACUCUGAACCCUCUGUGACUUCUCCUUUUGGCUCAUGGGAAACAUAGUUCACUGUGUAAAGAGCAGAUCCAGGAAGAGAGAGAGAGAGAAAAAACUCUGUUUUUGAAUCUGGGGUAUAUUUACUACGAGCCGAACUGAAGCACAAGGGCCGAAAACGUUUUCCUUACUGAUGAAACACCAGUCGUCUGUUUCCAUUCUCGCAUCCAUGGAAUAGAACUUUAGAAUCUUAGAAGUCUUCAGACAAGUUAGCCGGGGUCUAAUCUUAUCUAGUGUCACUUUCAGUGUGGUUUAUAUCUGUCUUUCUCUUUUUAUUUGAAAUAGGAAACAACCGCUUCUGUUACUAAUUCCACAUGGAUAAACAUUAUGUGACUGAUAUGUUUAUCUCAGAUAACAUGUCUCAUCCAGCUUUAAUUCAAAGUUCAUCUUUCUCUGGCUGUGUACAAAAUGGUACCAUAUUCCUUGUAUAAUUGGCUCUGGCCAACAGUAGUGUUCUCUCUAGGGAAUAGGGGCCAUUUGAGAUUUGUCCUCACUGCUGAUAUCCUAAAUCUUUACUGUUUCCAGGGCAACCUGUACUAACCUGAUUUUAGUGCGAAGUAUAGUUCUUUCUGUAAUGUCAAAAUAUCUCUACUGUUUCCAGGGCAACCUGUACUAACCUGGUUUAACUGUGAAGUAUAGUUCUUUCUGUAAUGUCAAAAUAUCUCUACUGUUUCCAGGGCAACCUGUACUAACCUGGUUUAACUGU